ACCACCAUGAUAAUUGUGCUCAUCAUGUCUUGUCUGGAUCGAGGCUGACUCGCGUGCCUCCUCGUCGCCUCCAUCGACUCGCUCUGCGCUCGACUCGCUCACUGUACACCAGAAACUCGCUGCGCUCUGACCACUGCAACUUUUGCAGAGACUCCUCACUCCACAGACAUGUCGCGCAAUAGCUGAAGUAAAACCCGUCCUCCGCGGCUCAUCACCCGAGCCUCCAGAUAAAGAAAGAGAAGAAAAGAAGAAGCCUCGCAGGUUCGGGACGUGGAUCGCACAGCCUUCUCCUCCGUCGCUCCCCGCUGCGCAUCGGAACCUGCGUUUGGAGAAGAAGAAAAAAAAAAGAAGAAAAACACGCCUGGAUAUGAAUUAUGAGCCUUUCCCUCACUAAUGAACUGGGCCGGUAAUGCAGGAGACCGCGGCGACUCUCUCUCAUCAUCACUGUUUCAAGAUGGCAGAUUUUCAUUGAGUUUUGAACAGAAAUCUCGCUUUAUAUUUUUGCCAUGAAUAACGGAAAACCUUGCACCGAUGGCCCCUGUAUACGAAGGUAUGGCCUCGCAAGUGCAAGUGUUCUCCCCUCACACUCUCCAAUCAAGUGCCUUCUUUAGCGUGAAGAAACUGAAGGUGGAGCAGAGUUGUAACUGGGAUAUGACAGGGUACGGCACCCACAGCAAAGUCUACAGCCACAACAGCAGCAAGAACCUGUCGGCCGCCACCGGCCCCCUCGGCAUCAACAGCUCCCUGCAGGUCACCAAACCCACACUGCCCUACGAGCAGGCACUCAUCUUCCCAGCCAGCGCGGGCCACAUCGUGGUCGCCUCAGCCAGCAGCACUUCGGGGGCCCUGCGCUCUCUGCUGGGCAGCGGGGGUGGAGGCAGCAACAGCAGCGGCGGCGGCGGCGGCGGGGUCGGUGGCGUGGUCGGUGUUCACAACCUGACGCGCCGCAGCACGGUCAGUCUCCUUGACACCUACCAGCGAUGCGGGCUUAAGCGCAAGAGUGAGGAGCUCGACAACAACAGCAGCGUGCAGAUCAUUGAGGAGCACGGCCCGCCGAUGAUCCAGAACGGGGCGGCCGGCGGAGUGGCGGUGGCCACCGUGGCCACCGCCACCUCCACGGCGACGUCUAAGAACAGCGGCUCCAACAGUGAGGGCGACUACCAGCUGGUGCAGCAUGAGGUGCUCUGCUCCAUGACAAACACCUACGAGGUGCUGGAGUUCCUGGGACGGGGGACCUUCGGACAGGUGGUCAAGUGCUGGAAGAGGGGCACCAACGAGAUCGUGGCCAUCAAGAUCUUGAAAAACCACCCGUCGUACGCCCGGCAGGGUCAGAUCGAGGUCAGCAUCCUGGCGCGUCUCAGCACGGAGAGUGCGGAUGACUACAACUUUGUGAGGGCCUACGAGUGCUUCCAGCACAAGAACCACACGUGCCUGGUAUUUGAGAUGCUGGAGCAGAACCUGUACGACUUCCUCAAGCAGAACAAGUUCAGCCCCCUGCCGCUCAAGUACAUCAGACCCGUUCUGCAGCAGGUGGCCUCGGCGCUAAUGAAACUGAAGAGCCUGGGCCUGAUCCACGCUGACCUGAAGCCAGAGAACAUCAUGCUGGUGGACCCGUCCCGGCAGCCCUACAGGGUCAAAGUCAUCGACUUUGGCUCAGCCAGCCAUGUGUCAAAAGCAGUGUGCUCCACUUAUCUGCAGUCCAGAUACUACAGGGCACCAGAGAUCAUCCUGGGCCUGCCGUUCUGUGAGGCCAUAGACAUGUGGUCCCUGGGCUGUGUGAUAGCCGAGCUCUUCCUGGGAUGGCCCCUCUACCCCGGAGCCUCCGAGUACGAUCAGAUCCGGUACAUCUCACAGACACAAGGUCUGCCUGCAGAGUAUCUGUUGAGUGCCGGAACGAAAACCACCAGGUUCUUCAACAGAGACCCCGACUCCACCUAUCCCCUCUGGAGACUCAAGACUCCAGAGGACCACGAGGGCGAAACGGGGAUCAAGUCCAAGGAGGCUCGCAAGUACAUCUUCAACUGCUUGGAUGACAUGGCGCAGGUGAACAUGACGUCGGACCUGGAGGGGAGCGACAUGCUGGCAGAGAAGGCUGACAGGAGGGAGUUCAUUGACCUGUUGACCAAGAUGCUGACCAUCGACGCGGACAAGAGGAUCACUCCUAUCGAGACGCUCAACCACCCGUUUGUUACUAUGUCCCAUCUCCUCGAUUUCCCCCACAGCACACAUGUAAAGUCCUGCUUCCAAAACAUAGAGAUCUGCAAGCGUCGUGUCAACAUGUACGACACCGUCAACCAGAGCAAGACGCCCUUUAUCACCCACGUGGCACCCAGCACCUCCACCAACCUCACCAUGACCUUCAACAACCAGCUGAACACUGUGCACAGCCAGGCCACCAACUUGGUUCCCUCCACCACCAACAAUGCCACCCUUUCCUUUGCAAGUCCUGAUGUCUCCAUACUAAACUACCAAUCUGCACUCUACCAGCCCUCCGCUGCCGCCAUGGCGGCCGUGGCCCAGAGGAGCAUGCCCCUGCAGCCGGGGCCUCCUCAGCUCUGCGCUGCUCGGCCCGACCCCUUCCAGCAGGCGCUCAUCGUCUGCCCACCUGGCUUCCAAGGGCUGCAGGCGUCCCCUUCCAAGCACACCAGUUACUCUGUGCGGAUGGAGAAUGCCGUUCCCAUAGUGACGCAAGCCCCCGGUGCCCAGCCACUGCAGAUUCAACCUGGCCUCCUUACGCAGCAGGCCUGGCCCAGCGGCACCCAGCAGAUCCUGCUGCCUCCAGCCUGGCAGCAGCUCACCCACACCUCAGUCCAGCAUGCCACCGUCAUCCCGGACUCCAUGAGCACCUCGCAGCCUCUUGCCAACUGGAGGAAUUCCCAUCCGCACGGCACCCAUUACAAUCCCAUCAUGCAGCAGCCAGCCUUGUUGGCUGGACACGUCACGCUCCCAUCCAACCAGACGCUCAAUGUGGGUGUGGCCCACGUCAUGAGGCAGCCCUCGACCAAUAACAACUCCACUUCCAAGAAGAACAAACAGCACCAGAUGUCCGCCAGGAACAUGUCAGCCUACGAGGUGUCGUCCUCCCAGACGGUGCUAUCCCCGCAGCGCUCCAAGCGGGUGAAGGAGAACACCCCUCCGCGUUGCGCCGUGCUGCAGAACUCCUCGUCCUUCAACUGCGCCCCCCAGCAGGGCUACGGGGGCGCAGGGUGGGGGCCUGGCGAAUCGGAACAGGCUUCCAGCACCACCCGCAACCACCAGCAACAACACCACCUCCCCAGACAGACCAUCAUCAUCCCCGACACGCCCAGCCCCGCAGUCAGCAUCAUCACCAUCAGCAGCGACACGGAUGACGAAGAUGAGCACAAGCAGAGCAAGAGUUCAUCUUCAAAGCAGCGGAAGAAUGUCAUCAGUUGCGUGACCGUCCACGAUUCCCCCGACUCCAACUGUUCCAACAGCCCCUACGCUUUGGAGUCCAGAGCCCCCAACCACAACAACAACAACAGCUAUGACACAAAGGCCGUCCUGGACAACUACAACAACGGGAACCUCCGCACCAUCAUCGUUCCUCCCCUCAAAACCCAGAGCAGUGAGGCCCCGAAUGAGUGUGAGCGGCUGAUGCCAGAACCGAUGAACCAUCAGAAUUCAGCGUACAAGUUCAAAUCCUCCAACGGCUUGGUGUCUGGCAACAACCACCUGCACGGGGGCCUGACCGGAGGCGGGACCUACCGCCAGCAGCGCUCCGGGCUACACGCCCUCCAGCAGCAGCCCCUCAACCUCAGCCAGGCGCAGCAGCACAUGGUGAACGAGCGAAAUGGUCAUCGGCGCCAGCAGGCCUACAUCACCCCGACCAUCGCCACUCAGCCCCCGUACUCCUUCCAUCACAACAGCCCCUCUCACGCGGGCAACGUUCACCCGCACCUGGCCGCCACGCACCUACCCAGCCAGCCCCACCUCUACACGUACACUGCCCCCGCUGCCCUGGGCUCCACCGGCACCGUGGCCCACCUGGUGGCGUCGCAGGGCUCGGCGCGCCACGCCGUCCAACACGGGAGCUACCCGCCGAGCAUCGUCCACCAGGUGCCGGUCAGCAUGGGCCACCGCGUGCUGCCCUCGCCCACCUUGCACCACAGCCAGUACCACCAGGCCCAGUUUGCUCACCAGGCCUACAUCAGCGCUUCGCCCGCCUCCACUGUCUACACUGGAUACCCUCUGAGCCCCACCAAGGUCAACCAGUACCCGUACCUCUAGAGAAGACACUUGACUGACACUGGAGAGCUGCUGCUGCUGCUGCUGCUGCUGCACCCGAAUCCUCUCACUCCGAUCCCAAACAUCCUCUCCUCGACCUCAGACAUGAACAGAGACAGAGGAACAUGCAAUCCUCAUGAAACUGUCACAAACGACUUGAAGAAAAGAAGAAGAAACAGCCUCUCUAGAAGGGGAAGAUGGGGUUGAGUUGCAGAGGGGUACAGUUCAAGAUGUUUUCUUUUCAUUUUUUUUUUUUUCUCCUGAAAGAGCCAGUUGUUUUUUGCAUUUAUUUCGUCUAUUCUCCGCUUUGCUUUUUGAGGACAGUAAUGUCUCGUUAGUUUUACAGGGACGUUUGAAACAGGCCUUUGGGGACAGUGGAGGCUUCCUUUUUUUUUUUUGUAUCACAGCCUCUUCUAUUUGGUAAGAGACUGUUGAACAGGGGUUACUGACUGGAAGUUUGGAAUCCCAAGACAUUUGGGAGAAGGUGAAAUACGGAAAACCUGCUGCUCUUCAAAGAAAAAAAAAAAAUAUUGAUGGCCUUGAACUGUCUUAACGUUUCCUAAUCAUUCACGGUGUGGGGACAAAAGAGAGGCGACUCCCAUCCCACCUUCCCCAGCCGAGGAGGUUUCUGGAAAUAUAACCAACAGAAGACAACAAACUUUUUAGUGUAUUUAUAGAUAUUCUGUUCCUUUAUGUUUCACCUUUAUAACGAUAUACUUUGGUUUUUAGCUAGGUGUCUUAGUUAGGCCCCGUUCUUAGAAUGUAGCAGUCUGCACAUGUUGGUUUUGAGAAGAAAAACCUUUUUUUUUCCUCCCCCUGAUACCAAUAGAUUUAUUUGCUCCUCUUUUCUCAAUGUGAUUGCACAACGUGGUUAUAAUAACAUAGGCAUGUACAACGUGAUUGUCUGUGUGUGCUACUGUCAAGCCGAUGCGUGUGUAGUCCGCCUCCUUAAAACUCUCUCCAGUCUUUGGGUUUCGACCGUUGUUCCUUCGUAGUGCCUUACAGAUAUAACGACACAGUUUACCUGGCUCGGAUCCCGAAAGCCACACGAGACUCCAGCUAAACGCAGAGACGUGUGUGUGUGUGUGUGUGUGUGUUUUUUCUGGUUUUGACAUCCUAGUCGGGGCUUUUGCAGCUCUCUUCCAGGUGUGGGCUCAGCCCUCGCUGUUUCUUGUCCUUGAUGACAGCGUCCCAUACACGGUGAAGAUUAAUGUCAGACAGGAGUUGGGUCGAUAUCACGCUGAGCUAUUUUAUUAUGUGUGCAUGAGAUAACUUGCCUGGGGUACUUACCAAAGUCAUAGAUAAAUUCUUGUUACAUUUUGCUGUGGGUUUUAAUGUAAAUAUGAAAAUGUGCAGUGUAGCUGUAGCCGUGAACCUCUAUCACAGUGGCACCCAAAUUGUGGCUUUAGCUCGGAAAAUAUUUGAUUUUCCUUUUAUGAUCACACAGGGGGAAUGUUUUCAUGCACCGGGAAUGUCCUGAGACACAGGAGAGGUUGUUUUUUUUUUUUUCUUCUAAGGUUUAAAGCUAGUCAGAGAGAAGGGGCCUGACAGAAAGUUAUUGUUGCCACGAGGGUGGGUCUGUGAGGGAAGGCCAGGCCGAAGAGGAGAGGCGGCGUAUCGAGGGUCGUUCGAGAGAGAUUCUGCGUAGGCGAGAGGGAAGGGGCUGUUUGAGGUGGGUCCGUUUAGGGCGGCAGAGAGAAACUCUCAUCUUAAAUGGGACCAAAAUGGUAGCAAGUUGGCACUGAGCAGGUUGAUAGUGACACUGAGCCCGGGUGGAGGGUGGGAGCCUGAAAGGGGGGCUCCACCUCACCUGAAUGCACACUUAUGAUUCUGACAUGAAACCUUCCUCGUCGUCGUCGUCGUUGUUGUUGUUGUUGACGUAGUGUCGUUUGUUUCAUCCGGCAACGGUAUUUGUUGCGCUCGAGGUUCGGGUAGCCUCUCACGGCUGCAAGAACAGAAAACAGAAGGGAAAUCCCACAGCGUACACCUGGAAGGGCACCUCGAGGACGACUCGUUGCCACUGUCCAUUUGUCUUCGAGCCAGGUGCAGCACAGACAUCGCCACGGCCAGCAGACCCCAACACUUAGACAUCCAAUAGGGCUGUCCCUUUGUGUGUUUGCUGCCUGAUUCAACAGGCUUCAUCUUUUUUGGGGGGGGGUUUUCUUGUAGCCAAUGAUACAAAUAAUCUCCUCUUGAACGUAGACGCAGCAGAACUGCUGGUGUUGUAGUGAAAGCCUUCCCACCCCUUUAUGGUUUUAUAGUUUUUGCAUCUGAAGUGAUUUUUCUUUUUUUUUUUUUACUUAAUAUUAUUGACAUGGCUGUAGUACCUAUUGUGUUUCUUUUUUUUUUAGAGAUUGUUGCAAUAAUUCUUGUGGAUGUGUCUUUUUUCUGAUAUGUCGGGCUCAUUUCUAUUUUAUAACCUGCAGGUUGAUGUACAGUCGGGUUUAGUAUUCCGUGCAGGUAGCUGCACCUGUGUAGACAAGUGUUGCAACACUGCUGGUGAUAGUACGUCUAUCAAGUUGAUGAUAACCCAAUCGGGCCCCUAUACACAGAUGCUUUGGCUUGAGGGGGUCACUUGUCGGGCCCCAGAGUGGUUUGUCACCCCCCCGCCCCC